CUGGUUACUACAUUAAAGCAUUCGGUUCCCUCGACAGCACAGUGGUGCUUCAUAUUGUCAGAACACGGCGAAGAUUAGAUGUAAAUAUGCCACGAUGUUAUUACAAAUCGGUCCGAUCCUUCAUACGGGAAGAUGAACAAAAAGAACCUCCAGAUAUCUUUUUGGAUUCAUUUGGCAAUCGACAGACUACAGACAAGACAACUAAAAACUCUCUACAGUUUACUAAGUGCAGUGAAGACAAAAUGAUGUCAGGACUAUCAAUUGUAACAAGAUAUUAUCUGAAUUUGAUAAAACCAAAUGAAGCUAACUCAAGUGUUGAGUCAUCUCCAUUAAGCUUGAGUGAGGAAUCUGUUAGUGAAGGAGAAUUGGAAUAUGAAAAUGAGAUCAAACCUGAGAGCUCAUCAACGUACCAGAAAUCAUCAUCAGUGGGAAUGGUAUUGUCCAGUCUGUAAUAAGGCAUUUUCGCAGAAAAGAUACAUGGAACGUCAUAGGUCCGAUGCUUGUCGCAAAUAUCGCCAAAACCAGAAGAGAAACUCAAACAGUAAAGCAGAAGCCACCCCUCAUUCAGUGGACAUAAGUGAAACAAAAGAGGCAUAAAUAAUAUGAAAUAUACUGUUUUCUUGCUAGCAGUAUAUUGUCUGGCAAUAAUGAAUUGAAUCACAAACUAAACACACAAUUCAGUGUAAAAAUAUCAGUUAUGAAUUUCAUAUUGGAUUUGAGAAGAUACAUAAGAACUGUUUCUUGACGAGUGCAUGGUUGUAACAAGACUGUUUUCUUAGGUGAAAAUAUUUUUGCUAACUUGAACAGUUUAUGUUCAUUUCUAAUAAUUGUUCAACAAGAUAUUUAUAUUUUAAUGUGAUGUAACAGUGCAUAAAAUAUAGUAAUAGAAUAGAGAACUAUAUCAGUAUUAUGUAUACUUUUUUUUAAAAAUAUUUAUGUGAAUUGUUAUAAUUUGCAUUGUACUUGAAUAAAAUUUACAUGUUGAAGAAUUUGAAUACACAAAUUAGUAGAAAUGAAGUAAUAACAGUAAUGUAAAUGAAAGUAGUAAUGUAAGUAUUAACCAAAUAUUUUUAACAAAUGAAUUGCCUUUCAGUUAUUUUCUUUUUUUAAAAAAAAAU